AUUCUUUUUUUCCUUUUCUGCAUUCGCAGUUAAAGGAUAUGGUACUGAAGUUUUCAGGUUCUUACAAGCAGUGCAGACCUUGCACAGGGUCCAGUGCCUACAAGAAAGGACAGAGGCCAUAUCCUGACUUUGACACCAUUUCAGAAGGGGUUCCAUACCCCUAUAUUGGAGGAGCAAGCUCAACUUCAACCCCUGCUUGGGACUUCACAAGCUCCUAUAUCCCUGGUGGUAGAUCAGACCAAAGAUUUAUGGGUGGCUUGAAUGGUGAUAGGACCUCUAGAGGCCCUGAGUCAGCACCAGCAUGUGAUGUUGUUGUUGAGGAAGAGGAUGAAACCAAGGAGUGGAUGGCACAGGUGGAACCAGGUGUUCACAUUACCUUUGUGUCUCUUCCUAAUGGUGGAAAUGAUCUCAAAAGAAUUCGCUUCAGCCGAGAGAUUUUUGACAAGUGGCAAGCUCAAAAAUGGUGGGGUGAGAAUUAUGACAGAAUCAUGGAGCUUUACAAUGUCCAGAGAUUCAAUCGACAAGCUCUUAACACUCCUUCCAGAUCUGAGGAUGAGCAAAGAGAUUCUUCUUACUCAAGACUGACAUCUGGACAAGAAAGCCCGGGGUCGAUGUCGUUGAAGGAAUGGACACCAAGGAAUCACUAUAAACCCUCAUUGAAUAACCAAUCUGAAGCUAUGGAUCAAGGUGGUGGUCCAAACUUCCCAACAGGAUCAUCUGUGGAAGCAUCUAGGACAACCACUUCUUCUAGAGACGAGCCUUCAAUGAGCAAUGCUAGUGACCUGGAGGCAGAAUGGAUUGAGCAAGAUGAACCUGGAGUGUACAUCACGAUCAGGCAACUAGCUGAUGGAACCAAGGAGCUUCGUCGUGUCAGAUUCAGCCGGGAGAGAUUUGGAGAGGGGCAUGCAAAGAAAUGGUGGGAAGACAACAGAGAAAGAAUACAAGCUCAAUACCUUUGACGUGUGGUGGCCUUGAAGAGAAUGUCCCAAGCGGGUAGAAUCCUCAUUUUUGUUUCCUAGAGAUUGUAGUGUAGUUGACUCCAGUUUAUAAGUGGAGUUCUAUGAAGAAUUAAGUUGUUGAUACUCUCAAACAAUGCAAGUCACGCAUUGUCAUGGUAUUGGAAACUAUAGGCUACCUGGACAACCUAUGUAGAACGAAGUUUACAGAACAAAAGAGUUGUUUUCACAUUUGAAUCAGAGGUGAGGCGAGUCAUCAUGUUUUAUUUCAAGAUUUAAGGUGCUUGUUAAUAUGUUAUUUUCCCAUCUUAUGGGUAGAUAGGUCUAUCUUGAUUCCAGCAACCUGGUAACUAUUCUAGAUCAUGAAAAGUGAGCAUUUGUACAAAAAGAAAGACAUUUGGAAAUUGGAUCUGAUUUGUAAGCAACACUUGCAAUAUGGUCUAUACUAAUCCUGCAGAUUGGAUCUGGGUUUUCUUAUGUAUAUUGAAAUUUCAACGACGGGUUUCAGCUUAUUUUAUCAUGAGAGUAUAAUU